AUGCUUCGCCUCAGAGCAUCCAGUCUCGCAGAGGCCGCAGCCGGCGUCGUCCGCGGCUGCUCCGACACGGCUAGAGCAGGUGCGGAGCCGGGCACAGAGCCGCCCGACGCCCCGCUCGCUGUCUCUUCGUCCCGACCCCUCCCCGCCCAGCUCGAAGCCUGGGAAGAAGACGCCGGCAAAGAGACCGCAGCCGAAGAAGAAGAUGCCCCAGGCGAUGAUGGCGUCGAAGAAGAGGACGAAGAGGAAGAUGAUGAAGAUGAAGACGAAGAAGCGGGAGAUGUCGCAGGUGUCGAACAGGCGGACGAUGCCAAAGAUGAAGACGAAGAAGCGGGAGAUGUCGCAGGUGUCGAACAGGCGGACGAUGCCAAAGAUGAAGACGAAGAAGCCGGAGAUGUCGCAGGUGUCGAACAGGCGGACGAUGCCAAAGAUGAAGACGAAGAAGCGGGAGAUGUCGCAGGUGUCGAACAGGCGGACGAUGCCAAAGAUGAAGACGAAGAAGCGGGAGAUGUCGCAGGUGUCGAACAGGCGGACGAUGCCAAAGAUGAAGACGAAGAAGCCGGAGAUGUCGCAGGUGUCGAACAGGCGGACGAUGCCAAAGAUGAAGACGAAGAAGCGGGAGAUGUCGCAGGUGUCGAACAGGCGGACGAUGCCAAAGAUGAAGACGAAGAAGCGGGAGAUGUCGCAGGUGUCGAACAGGCGGACGAUGCCAAAGAUGAAGACGAAGAAGCGGGAGAUGUCCCCGGUGUCGAACAGGCGGAAGCUCCCGAAGAGGAGGUCGAUUUCGGGGAUGCUGGAGAGGCAGACGCAGAAGGGGAACAAGCGGAAAGCGACGAAGGGGGAUGGUGA